UUGCGUUAAAGUUAAAUUUUGCUGCUGUGAAUAGAGCUUGUUAACAUGAAACUCACUGGCAUCGUCUGCAUCCAGGAGCACUAUGGAGCAAUUUUCAACAUGGAGGAGAAAUUGUUACGUGUGUCUGGUAACAGAAGAGAGUAUUUCACUGACAGAAAACUUAUACUGAGCGGGGUGGCAACACCCUGGCGCCAAACCUCUAACUCUAAAGUGAACGGAAAUGCUGGGGCCCGGACUGAAAACCGAAUGAGAGCAGUGGUGACAGGAGGUGGAGGCUACUUUGGAUACAAGCUGGGAUGUGCUCUUGCCAAUGCAGGAGCUUCAGUUGUUCUGUAUGACAUACACAAGCCUGUCUGGGAAAUUCCCAACGGAGCAGUGUGUAUCCAGGCAGAUGUGAGGGAUUAUGAUGCCGUAUCUGCAGCCUGUGAAGGGGCUGACUGUGUGUUUCAUGUAGCUUCGUAUGGAAUGUCAGGAAGAGAGCAAUUGCACAGAGAAGAGAUCGAAACUGUAAACAUUCAUGGAACAAGAUUCAUCAUUGAUGCCUGCAAACAAAGGAACAUCGCUAGAUUGAUAUACACCAGUACAGUAAAUGUGGUGUUUGGAGGGCUUCCUAUUGAAGAUGGUGAUGAGGAAACCGUGCCAUAUUUUCCAAUAGAAAAGCAUGUUGAUCAUUAUUCCAGAACCAAAUCAAUUGCAGAACAAAUGGUCCUAGCAGCUAAUGGAAGUCCACUAGCAGGAGGUGGAAUACUGUAUACAUGUGUCCUUCGCCCACCAGGAAUCUAUGGACCAGAAGAGCAAAGACACUUGCCAAGGCUAGCA